ACUUGGGUAUUUGAAUUUGUGGAAUCGAAGCAUAGACAAAAUUGGCGGGAAUGGAAGAUAUCGGUGUAAGCGAGAGCGAUGCGGUUUUCGAUUCUCUGAAUCUGAAUCCUCAACUCUUCUUCAACGAAGUUCUCAACACCGUCGACGAUUUCCUUCUCCAAACUUUUGAUUUCUUCUUCCAGGAAGCUUCUACCAAGCUCAACGCCGAAGCUACCCAAAGGUCCCAAAAUCUCAAACAGGGUGUGGAUUGCAUUCGCCAAAAAGUUCAAUCUGUUUUGGAUCAAAAGCUAGCUGUUUGGGAAAAAUUCUGCCUUUAUCACUGUUUUUCUCUUCCUGAAGGUUUUCAUAUGCCAAACACUGAUGAAUCUAGAGGAAAUGAUAUUGAUCUUGGUGCUAUCACCGAUCCAGAUGUAGAUGGGCAGUUAGAUUCGUUGAGGAGAAAACUAGCUGAGGUGGAGAAAGAGUCUGAAAUGCUGAAUCAAGAAAUUUAUGAUUUAGAGAGGCAGUCUUCUUUUAAUGCUCGGUGUAUCAAUGAGGCAGUACAAUUAUUUGAGCAAAACUCUUACCCUGAGUUGUUUCAGGAAAUCAUGGCAACUGCCUCAGAACUUCGAAUGCAGAUGGGAAAGCUAAACACAAACAUGAUUGAAGAGACUGCGAAAAUGAAAGCAAAAAGGAUUGACAGCUCCGAAAUGGAUAUUUCUGCUUUAAAUGGUGCAAAAGGCCUCUCAAAUACGAAAUUAGAAGAUCUUCAAGAAUUUGUAAAUCUUAUGAAGAGUAUGUGAACUUGUAUAUUUUUUUCAUCAACUCAGUUGGACUAGACUUAAGCUUAUUGUGCCUGUAAUUAUUUAUUCUUAGUCUUUUUCUGUGAUGAUUAGUUAGAAUUUGCCUCUGGUGCUGAAAUUAUUGUGAGAAAUUAUACUAAAAUUACCAGCAAAUUUAAUGACAACUGGAUUCACAUUCAUCAUAUAUACUAUAUAGUGUGGGAAUAUUGAAUGUGUU